UCGAAGUCGUAAUCACAAGCCUUUUAUCUGGCAAAUGCGCAUCUAUGCCUCCCUUCUCAUACGAUGUAGACUUUUAACGUUCAUAUUUUUUCUUCGCUUUUAAAAGUUUCAUGUGAAAAUUAUAGUUUUGUGAAUACAGAGCAACUUAUAAUUUAAAUCAAACGUGUUUUUUGAAAUGUUCUGAAAUUUGCUCAACACUAAUUUUCUCUCCUCUUUGCUUUUCAUCUUCUGCUGCUGCAAUGGCAGCUGAAUCGACCGAAGAGGAAAAACCAUUCCUAUCUGGGAUGGUGAAUGGAAGCACCGAUUUGCCGGUUGACAUUUCAUGCUUUGAGUUGAUUAAGCCGGGAUUUGAUGGGACAAACCAACAUUGUUCUUUUGAUGUAUUGCCUAUUCUAAUAGAGGAGACUUCAUUUCCAGUAAGAGAAAAAUGCAGCUUAAACACUUCACACGGCCAGGAUGUCUAUAGCAUUUCUCUGUUGCCUGACGAAGGAAACAGGAGUCCAAAUUGUACACCACAGUUAUCUUUUUUCAGCCUCCUAGAAGUUCCUUUUUCAUUGAAAAACCAGAUGUGUUUGGACGCACCGCUGAGUUGCCAGAACUGCAUCGAUUUGAAAGUGGAUGGUGAAGAUGGAUGUUCAUCUUGCAUUCUGGAUGUAAACAUCGAAAAAGAGACUCCUGGCAUACUUAAAUCCAGUGAUGAAACUGUUGGAAAUUUAAAAAGUGAAGGCAUAGUGACACAUUUGCAGAAGGUAUUGCAGAGACAAGCAAGCUUAACUGUAGACAAAUCAUCGACUGAGAGGGUUCAUGAUGCACCUAUGAACAGGUGGAGGAGAUAUAAACGAGCUGCGUCAUUUGACUCGAGGAAAAUAGUUCUCCUUUUCUCAAUCUUGUCGAGUGUGGGGACAUUGAUAUUGAUUUAUCUGACGCUGAGAGUUAGACAAAGUAUCGAUGGGUACAACCGUGCGUAGCGCCUUGGUGUUCAUCUCCUUCAAACUCAUGCUCUUGUGAUUCAGCAAUGCAGCAUCUUUCAUCACUGUCAAUGUUUGGGAAUCGAAAUCAAAACAAGUAUAUGAACUGCUUCACGAAUAUUAAACGAGUUAUGCUCCUGAUCUGAAGUAAAUUUUAAUGAUGUUUUAGGCGAUCAUGUAAACAAAAAAUGAGUAUAUUCACGAGCAUAAACCUUCAUGAA